AUGGCAGCUUCGAGAAUUGAUGCGGCGUACAUGAUCAAGGAUGUGCAAGAGUCAUUUGGGCUGUCGGACGCAGAGGUAAUUUUGCUUGAGCAGGUGGCCUUUGCUGGUCAAUUGCUUGGACCUGUUUGGUGGGGCCGCUGGGCCGAUUGCUGGGGCCGUCGGCCUACCAUCUUGCUGUGUGCUUGCACAGUCAUGGGAUUUGGGAUCAUAACCGCCUGCGCACAAACCUUCUCGCAGCUCAUGGUGGCGCGGGCAGGCGUUGGCUUCGGCAUUUCCGGCAUCUUCUUGAGUGUGGAUAUUGCCUGCGAACUGCUUCCCAAGGAGAGUGCUGGAAGAUUAAGUAGCGCCUUGAACUUCUUCUGGCCCUUUGGUAGUGUGUUUACGAUCCUGUGCGCCUACCACAUCUGGGGCUGGCGAGGGCUCGCUUGCUGCGCAGCCUUCCCAAUGUUUUCCGCGCUGGGACUGGCCUAUGCAUUUCUCCCUGAGUCGCCGCAUUGGCUCUUGGAGCAGGGCCGCAAGGAGGAGGCUAUGCAGAGUAUCCAGCACCUUGCACAGCUGAACGGUGUGAAGCUCUCUUUCGAGGGGCUGCGAAGCUCCAAAAUAGCACCAGCAGAGCAGGCAGGGUCCAUAUGGAGGCGGCAGCAGCGGAACUUGCUGAUUCUCAUGUCCCUGUGGCUUUUUAUGGCCAUGAACUACCUGUGCAUCGUUUUGUUGGGGCCCAUGGUGCUGACAAAGACGGUAGUCCAGGAUGAGCCGAAUGCUGUGAGACAGGACAUGGAUUUUUUUGCCCUAAGCAUCUCUUCUGCUAGCGAAAUCCUUUCGGUUGCAUUGUGCAUUUUGCUGGUGGAUCGCUGGGGGCGACGUCACUUCCAAGCAGUCCUUUAUUCAAUAGCAGGGCUUGCUGCACUUCUGCUGGGCUUCCGCAACGAGCUGCCAUACCCAGCAGUGGCGGCAGUGGUGAUUGUGGCCCGUUGCACCAGCUUCUCAGCUGGCUGCGGUUCGUGGCUUCACACGCCAGAAGUCUUUCCAGUACAGGUCCGCGCCACUGGUCAUGCUGCAUGCAACAUGAUGGCGAACGUGGGCCGACUUUUGGCGCCACUUCUGGUGAGCCCCUAUUUUUCGCCGGCCGCAUGCAGCGGCAUCAUGGCUUCAAGCCUUGGCUGUGCUGCCAUGCUGGCACUCGCGGCGCCGGAAACCGCGGCCAGGACGGAUGACUUCAACCCCAGCGCAUACAAAGCUUUGCGACAAGUUUCAGGACAAGGUGCUUCGGGCGAUCCGGCAUUGCUACAUUGCAGCUGGACCCGGAAAGAAACCGGUCAGCGACAUCAUGAGCGGGCCACAGAACUGGAAGAGCGAGUGAAGGAGCACAGCCGCUUGCUUGACCUCGCUCGGUCACGAGAGGCAGCACUGAAAGAAGAAAUCCAAGAAGCAGAGGAGACAUCCAGGAGAUUUCAGGCAUCAUCGGCUCGAAAAGCCGUUGACAAAGAAAGGCUUGAGGCUCUGGAGCAGGAGAAUGAGGAGUUGCGCGACCUGAGUUUGCGCCAAACGCAGCGUGCCCAGAAGCAGAUCGAGGAACUGCAGGCUGAACUGGCUACUGCAAAGGAGCAACUGUCACAGCAUGCUCAUCAGCAUGGCGAAUUGAAAGGUCACAGCUCCCAUUUGGAGUCACAAUGGCAAAGCGCCGAGUUGCGUGCAAGCCACCAUGCAACUCGUGCAGAGGAGUUGGAGCAGCGGCUGCUGCAGCUCGAUGAGGACAAGGGACAACACACAGAAAGCUUGGAACAAGAGGUUUCGCAGCAACGCCUUAAGAUCCAGGAGCUGGAAGCUACAUUGCUUCAGUUGGGCCAAGAUGCUGAGAGCGCCACAGAGUUGGCCCAAGAGCAGAUUGACUUCUUGCAGCACAAACUCAAAGACAUGGAGGAUCAGCACCAGAACGUUGCUUUGGUUGAGGAGAGGAAUAUGGAGCUGAUGCGCGAGGUCACACAACUGCGCGCACAAAUCGAGGCUGGGCCAUCCAGCCCUCCGAUGGAACCCCUCCAGCGACGCAUUUCCAAUGCCUCUGCCGAUAGCGAUGAUUUCAAGAAGAAGGUUCGCUCAGUGAAACGUCGAGCUUCCGAGCUCCUCCAGCAAGCCGCGAUGCCAAACACGCAGCUCCUUGAAACACAACUGCGAUCGGCGGUCCAAAGUUGGAAUCAAGGUGGUAGCUUGUCAGCCGGCCUCCACUCCAAUGCUGGUGACGAGGCAAGCAUGUUGGCAGAACGGCGGCAGCUGGCAGUGCUUCUCGAUGCAGCUGCGUGUGACCUCGCAGCCUUGAAAGAAGAAGCCAGCACACACCAUGAACUUUUGCCAGCUGAGAUGCAGGAGCUGAUGCAUGAGAUUGACCUAGCCCUGGAAAACUGCAAAGACGAAAAGGGGAUACUGCAGAGUAGCAGUGCAUUCGAUGGCAUGCCGGAGACGCUGCUGCAAAGUUUGGCAUCGGCUCUAGGGUUGCUGGGUGGCCAUCCCUCAAUGGAAAGAGGCAACUGGAAGGAGCAGACCCCAAUGCAUUGGGCUGCGAAGCAUGGCCGACGGGAUCUGGUGGAUUUUCUCCUAAGGCAGGAGGAUGGAGAUAGCCUCCUGGAUGCCUUGGAUCAUGCAGGUCGCACUCCUGCCGAAGUGGCAGAACAAGCUGGCCAGGUGAGCGUUGCGCAGUUUCUGCGCGGUCACAUGGAGCUCAGGGCUCUCAGAGAGAGGCCUCAAGAAAAGGUCACUUUUGAGGAGCGACUCCCGGUGGCUUAUCAGAAAGUCUUGAAGCAGGUGGUGUCACAAGGCUGGGAUUCUGUGCGUUGGAAAGAUGGUUUCACCAUGCUGCACUGGGCAGCCUCCAAAGGAGAGGUGGACUUGGCGAGGUAUUUGAUCCAGCUUCGAGCAGAUCCAGAUGUUCGGGAUGAUACGCACCAAAGAACACCUUUGGACUGGGCAGAGCAUGAGGGACAUGCCGAGGCCGUUGAGAUGCUUCGGCGCCAGUCAAGGACCAGACUUUCUGAGCGGUUGUCUUCGAAGACGGGGUUCCUGAAGCAGCAGGCUCGAAGUUCACUUCCUGCAUCCCCGUUUGGUGGAUCUCAGGGAUCAGAUGUGAGAGACGCAAGGCGGAAGUCCGAAGCUCCCAUUCGUCGCCGCUCCAGAAGGAAAUCUGCAAUUCCUGAAGGAUAUUUGCCGGUCCUGGAGGAGAUAGAUCAGCAGGGAUGGAACAACAUGUCACUGGGCCGCAAGGGCCGAGGUCGGCGGUUGGGGGCGCGCCUCACCUUAGAGCUCUAG